CCGUGGGGCCACCAUUCCAGUCCUCAUCCCCACGAUGCUCCGGUUGCUGCUGCUCUGCGGGGCCCUGGGCUGUGGGGCAGACCAGGCGGCCCCGCUCACCUUCACCAUGCUACAGCAGACCCGCGUCUCCAAAGGCAUCUCUGAAUUUUGGGGGAACGCCAGCCUGGAUGGGCAGCUCAGCCAUCUCCUGGAAGGGCUCAAUGUGACCCAGGUGCUGCCGCUGGAGCCCCCAGAUGCCUGGGCCAGGCGCCAGCAGGAUGUGACCACCUACCUGGACUAUUUCAGCCAGCUGGUGAAGCUCUUCAGCAAAGAGAGGCCUAUCAACUACACCCAGAGCCUGUGCUGCCACCUUGGCUGCCGCCUCUUCCCCAACGGCACAGCCCAAAGCUUCUACGAGGUGACGCUCAACGGGACGGCUUUCCUGAGCUUCCAUGUUCCCAGCGCCACUUGGGAGCGGCGCUGGCCCGGCAGGGAUGCGGUGGCCACCUUUGCCGAGAGGGAGCUGAUGAAGUACCCCAAAACCACGCGGGACCUCCAGCAUUUCCUCAACACCACCUGUGUGGGCCUCUUACAGGCUCAGAGCGCUGGGACAGGUAAACAGAGCAGCCGGUCACAUGCCUCGCUGGUGCUGGGCCUGAUCCUGGGGACCUUCUCCUUGCUAGGCAUGGCCGUAGGGAUCUUCCUGUGCACAGGAGGGAGCUGCUAGCGGAGCCAGUGGUCCCACGUCGCCCUGUGGAGGCAGGGAAUGGACCCAUCAGGGACCAAGCCUGUGCCCCAAGAGGGAAUGUAUCUCUCUAGCACCGUAGGCUUUGCUCUCAAAGGACACAGGUUGGUUCCCUGCCCAGUCCCAAAUGGGUUGAGCCCCCCAGGCAGCAGCACCUCGCCCUGGGGACAGUCACCACACCAGGCUGAUAUGAUGCACUGAGUCUUAACACUGAAAUACACUUGGCAUGGAUGGGAAGAGAGAAGGAAGCAGGACUGGGGGCUGAAAUUAGCAGCAGAAACAACCAAGGAAGGGUUUAAAAGGAUGGCAUCAUACCCUCAUUUAUCCUCGUUUAAUGGGGAUAAAUGCAUGGGAGGGCAGAUGUCAGACCCAGUGGCACUGCUUGGAGAUGUGAAUAAAAUCACUCAUCAGCUCUCA